AAUAGGAAUCUCAAAUGAAAGCCUUUGAAGCCGGACUUAAGAAACGUUCAACUGAGAAGUCAACGUCUGAGUGGAAAGAACCAAAGGACUCAAGUCGUCGAACCAAUAGAGAGUUGACACAGUGGAGUGGAACAAAGCAGUGGUUUCACGUUAGUUUCAUAUUAUUAAUUAGUUCUUUUCUGGUAUGGUUGAGUUAUUGGGGUUGGAGUCAUGAGCCUCGCGUCGUACCAGAUAAUGAAGCCAGUAUAGGUUACUUCUCAGCCGAAAGAGCGUUUCAACAUAUCGACCAUCUUUCUUCGAAGAUUGGACCAAGGGCGUUUGGUACGAGAUCCUUGGAAAGUGCCCAAGUUUAUAUUUGGAAGCAAGUUGAGAAAAUACAACAAUACGCUGAAGAUAAUUCUGUCGACUAUAGUUUGCAAUUAGAGUGGCAAACGGUGAGUGGGACACAUAUCACGCAAAGACAUCGUCGUUCUUCACGUACCUCUUGUUAUACAUAUCAGAAUGUUACCAAUAUUAUUGUGAUAUUGUGCAAGAAAAACGCUUGUCGUUUGCAAGAUGAAAGAGACCGUAGCUUAUUGGUUGUCAACGCACAUGUAGAUUCUGCCAUUGGCUCUCCUGGUGCUAGUGAUGAUGCCAUAGCUUGUGGUGUUAUGUUAGAAAUGCUCAACUCGUGGAUACGCCAUCCGAAUACAAGUGAACUGAAACAUCCAGUUAUUUUUCUAUUUAAUGGAGCUGAAGAAACAUUUCUGAAUGGAGCACAUGGCUUUGUAACCAGUUGGAAAUGGAUAACCAAAGUGGGUGCUUUGUUGAAUUUAGAAAGUAGUGGGUCUGGAGGUCUAGCAUUAUUAUUUCGCAGUGGACCCAAAAAUGCUUGGUUGUCAAGAGCUUAUGCUAAAGCAGUAACUAGACCACAUACUUCAGUCGUUGCGCAAGAUAUAUUUGAAAAGGAGUUGAUUCCUUCAGAAACAGAUUUUAGAGUAUUUUGGGAACUGGCUUCGAUUCCUGGAAUUGACUUGGCCAAUUAUAUACGGGGAGAGACAUAUCAUACGAGUCGAGAUGCAAUAGACAGAGUAACUUUGGGUCUUGUUCAACAUAUGGGAGAAAGUGCUUUACAACUAAUUGAACAAUUGGUUGUGAAAGAAGAUAUGAUUGUCGACGCUUAUCAAUAUUCUCAGUAUCAGAAUGAGAAAUCCAUUUAUUAUGAUAUAUUGGGUCUAAUAACCAUAUUUGGUCUAGAAAAAUAUUGGAAUGUUUAUUUUUUCAUUCUUUUAUUGUUGAUAUUCAAUUUAGUUAUCAAGAGAGUGAGAAGUGGCCUUGUCGAUUACAAGUUGGUUUUAUGUUUUUAUCCUGUUUGGAUAGUGAGUUGUUUGUUGACUUUAACGUUGAGCAUAUCUUUUGGUUGGUUUCUACAUUCUGUUUGCAAAAGAAGUAUGUCUUGGUAUGGCAGAGUUGGUUUGGCUGAAUGGAUAUUUGGUAGUUUGGGACUUUUAGUAACGAUGAAAGUACUUCCCUUACUACUGAGUCGUAUUUCUAUAUGGAUAGCGUCUAGGAAAAUGAGCAAUGCUUCUUCACAUUUUAUUUCAUUCUCUUCGAAUAGCAUAGUUUAUGAACCCCUUUGGUUAUCUUAUAUGCUGUUUGAAGCUACGCUGCUCAUUCUAUUUGUUUCUUUACGUUUAAGGUUAUCCUAUUUACCUGCUUGGGAUUUGCUAUUCUCACUAAUAGUUGGUCAUCUUUUACCUUUGGGAGACAAACGAUGGCAGUCCCUUAUCGGUAUCAUUCAUUUUAUUCCGAUUGCAAUCUUUCGUUUGCCUUGUGGAUAUAUGGCUAUAGCAGCUUUUGUGCCUAUUAUGGGUCGCAUAGGUGACCGAAUCAUUUCUGAUAUGAUUAUAGGUGGUUUAUGUUCUCUUUUCACGGUACUGGCCAGUUUCCCUUUGAUGAUUAGUUGCAUGUCCUAUUCCAUACCAUUUCAUUACAUCAAGAGAGCAGUUGCUCUAUUAUUUUUUAGUUGUCUAUUUCUGGUUGCUAUGAUAAGAAUUCCCUACGAUGCAGAUAGAUAUCCAAAGCGACUUUAUUGUGAUCAUUUACGAGUAAUGGAUACCCAUGGCAAGUUGGAAAAGCAGGGUUUGUUUCUUCGAGGUUUAGAUGCACGUAAACUAUCACCUUAUGGUGGUUACAAAGAUAUUCCAAGUAUUCAAUCUUUCUUGAAUGAAACCAAGUUUGAAUGGGGUUAUAUGUCUUCUCAUCCUUUGAAUGAUAAUCUCGAGAAGCAAAAUAGUCGUAUACUUGGUUUGACAUUACCUUUAUCCACCAAACUAUCCAAAGACAAUGCUUCACCUCGACUAGAUGUUUUGGAAAACUCUUGGAAUGAUGAACAACAACAACAACGUUUGGUUAGAGUGAAAUUAUCUUUUCCUGGAGGAAACAUGGCUCAAUUUUCCUUCAAUACUAGUAUCUUGAAUUGGUCACUUUCAACUAGGCUUCCUCAUCCCAACUCCAAAGGUUUUAUAACUGUUCGUCAUUUAAGAUGUCAUGACUGUGAUGAUUUCGAGUUUUCGUUUAUCACUAAGAAUCGAAAAGCCAUUGCCUUUGAUCUUGUGAAUAUACUUUUUUCAUCCGAUGAGGAACUCGAACAGUUGCAAUCCUUGUUACCUUCCUAUGUGGCGUUGAGUCGUUGGCAAUCGUAUUGUUCUAGUUUUAUUGUAAAGCUAUGACAAAUUGGUUAUCUGAAGAAACGAUAGUGAUAAUAUUAAAAGUGGAUACUCCUCCUUUUGUAUUUGAUCGCAUUAAAAGUUGUUUAGAAAGG